AUGGAGUUCUCCCUCGGUGACAAAGUAUUUCUCAAGGUGUCACCCACCAAAGGUGUGAUGCGGUUCAGUAAGAAGGGCAAACUAAGUCCGAGAUUCAUUGAGCCUUACGAAAUCCUUACGAAGGUCGGACCAGUGGCUUAUCGGUUAGCACUCCCACCCUCUUUGGAUGGCAUGCAUGAUGUCUUCCAUGUGUCCAUGUUACUAAAGUACAUGCAUGACCCAAGCCAUGUCCUAUCUCAGGAACCACCGGAGUUGGCAGUAAAUAUGUCUUAUAAGGAACAACCUGAGAAGAUUUUGGACAGCAAGGUGGUGAAUCUUCGCAAUCGACCCAUUCACUACGUAAAGGUGAAUUGGUGCAACCACCCAGAGGAAGAAGCAUAUUGGGAAGCCAAUGUGGAGAUGCGAGCAAAGUAUCCACACUCGGAUACUGCUGCUAUGUACGCCGAAGAACUGUUCUCACUUGUGGUCAAACCAAGUUACAAGAUCAUAGACCAGUUCACAGGCUUGCCCGUUGAAGAGAUGUUCCUUAACCGGCUGUGGGGAAAAUUUGUCGAUGAUUUUGAUGCAGAUGGUGGUUAUCUGGCGGGUCUUGAGGCCUAG